AAUGCCGAGAAAAUAAAUAGACCAUAAAUUUUGAGAUAAUGACAGAGGGAAAAACAAACCACAAAAACUGAUACGUGAAUUAUAAGUGAAAAAAUGAGAUCAAUAUACAUUGAAUAGUUUCGUUGGAGCAGUUAUUGAAAGAAAGUAAUUAUUGAAGAUAAACAAUGAAUUGUGUUCGAAGAGACGUAGUUACGAAAUCAGUCACUCCUUGGAGAAGGUUAGGGGGGUUAGGGUGACAGUCGCGUGAUAAAUAAAAAUGUAUAACUAUCUGAUGGCUUAUUAAGAUAUAAAGGAGAAUAAAUUGAGCCAUGAAAAUGUCACUUCGCGGUAGAUUAUCGCGCAGUGCACCAGUCAGAUUUAUCGGGGGAAUUGCCAUCAAGUGCUGGGCUUAUUCUGGUGCAUACAUACUUUUUUGCAUUGUACUCUAUUGGUUGUAUGGAGGAGUAUUAGCAUUUUUACUCCUGUGCUUUGCCACAACAGGUGUUCUAUAUCAAACGCAAGAUCAAUUACUCUACCGGCCCGAUUUGCCAGAGCAUUCUCGUGUUUACGUGCCAGCUCCUUCAAUAUUCAAAUUACCGUACCAAAGUGUCUACACACGUUCACGUGAUGGUACGAUGCUUCAUAUGUUCUUUAUAGUUCAACCUGGAGAAAAAGCCAAACGAUCUCCCACAAUAUUAUUCUUGCACGGAAACGCAGGAAAUAUUGGUCAUAGACUGAAAAAUGUCUUUGGAUUGUAUCACAAUGCCGAUUGUAAUGUUUUGAUGCUGGAGUACAGAGGGUAUGGCCUCUCCGAAGGUAGUCCGUCCGAAGAGGGUUUAUACAUGGAUGCGCAAGCAGGAAUUGAUUUUUUAACAACUCGAAAUGAUAUAAAUACUUCUGAAAUCAUAGUAUUUGGUAGAUCUUUAGGUGGUGCAGUAGCGAUUGAUUUAGCAACAAAGCUCGAUAACGAACGAAACAUUUGGUGUCUUAUUUUGGAGAAUACAUUUACCAGUAUUCCCGACAUGGCUUCAAUUUUGGUUAGCUCAAUAUUACUCAAUUAUUUACCGUUAAUCUGCUACAAGAAUCAAUUUAUGUCAGUGAGAAAAGUGCGUUUUAUAACAGUUCCCACAAUGUUUAUGUCGGGACUAUCGGAUAAACUAGUGCCACCGCACAUGAUGAAGGAAUUGCAUAAAAAAUGUGGUAGUUCUUACAAACGUUUAAUUUCUAUAGUAGGAGGCACACAUAACGAAACGUGGAAUCAGGACGGUUAUUACCAGCACCUACAAACAUUUAUCAAUGAGCUUAGACAAAAACCAGCGUUGCGUGUGCCAGCUAGUCACGUCUAUCAGAUAGACGACAUUUAGUGCUGGAUUGUAAUCUUAUUUUCUGCACAAAUUGCGUCCAAAAAAUGGUUCAUCACAUCUGCAGUUGAGUGGAAUAAUCAUAUGCACAUGGAAAUGAGAAAAAUAUAUUUUAAAAUGAAUAGAGAAUCAUUUUGCUGACAUUUAUACAAAGAAAUUUCUAAUAGAAAUGUUUUUUAUGCCUGUAAAUCUUUUUGAAACUAUUCAUUUGUUGAAAUGUUUAAAUUCAUGAAAGACCGUUAUGAAAUCAUUCCACUUAACAACCGGAAACACCAAAAAUAAUUAAUACAGAUUAUUAAUAAUUCGAGAGAUACUGCUGUGAUUAUAUAAAUAGAUUAUUAUUUUUUUUAAGGACUCUAUUGGUUGAAUAACCAAAAAUCUUCCUCUAAUAUUUCUGUCCAUGGAUAGAAUAGAUAAGAGUUUCAUAUGAUUACUUGAAUGAUUGCGUACUGAUCGUACACUGAUCAAAUUUAGAGUGAAAUAUGGAUGAGUCAAAAAUUCGCAUGCAUGCAGUAACAUAAAGAAUUACUUUAUACUAUUUGUAGUGAAGACGUUGAAUGUGUUAAACCCAAUAUCGAUCUUCAGAUUAUUUUAUAAAUGAUUUUCUUUUCAUAUUUAACUUUUCUUUUCAAUUUAAAAAUGAUCGAUUUCACGCGUGCACAGGGGGGCUUAUUGAACAAAAUGAAUCUUUCAUUACUAUUAAUAAUGAUCAUUCAGAAUUUGCAGGUUUUUUCCUUCUAUAUUCGUUUUAUGGGGGCUUCAAAAGCAGAUAAAAUUAAUUGAAUCCAAGUAUUUAAUUGUAGAGAUGGAAUGAUUUAUAGAAAUUUAUUUGGUCCCACCUACCCUUACUGCAUCUUUAUACAAACAAGAAUAUCAUGUCAAUUCUAGUUUAUUCCCAUAUUGUAGAACCCUUAGGGUUGUCAUAAAAGGAUUUCAACUCCUCUAACAUACGAGAAAGAAAAACAAAGAAUAAAAUGAUAUUUAUUUUGUGUUGUAUCAUUAUAAUAUAAGGAUGAAAUAAAAUUGCCAAAUAAUAUAUCCUUUUCAAAAUGUGAA